CCAAGGUGUUAGGUCUUUUGUGAAUGUGUUUUGUGGAAAAGUAAUCAAUGAAUAAUAAAUGCCAAACGCAACAUAACCUCAAAAUAUUUACCAGCGUAGUUGUCUACAAUUCCUAAUAAGACAUAGUAGGCCGAUUUGUUGACCGCUAUUUUUAAACAUUAUAAAUUAUCAGUAAAUAAUGAAUACUAGCUAACGAAAAAUGGAGGUAGACCUGCUCAGGCCCGGAACUAUACCAAUUGCACCCGAAACUGUUCUUUGGUUUGAAUUUUUAUUAGAUAAAGAUUUACUAAUUAAACAUUUACAAAAGGAAAAUUCAGAACCAACUGCUGUGGAAUUAAUAACAAAAUUUUAUGAUGUUAUAUCAGAAACGAUUCGAAACAAACCUGAAAAUGAAAACUUGGAAACCAUUCGAAUUGAUCCAGUUGAUGAAAUAAAAUCCAAAUCAUCAGCUAAGAAUUUAGCCCUUAAAGUAUUAGCCUUAAAAAUAAUUGCUUAUCUAAAAUUUAACUUAGUGCAACUGCGGUCAUUGCCAUUUAAGACUCAAAUUAAUUUGUUACAAGACUUAAUAUUUUUUACAAAUGAAAAUGUUAAUGUUGAAUUACCAAAUAUAGAAUUUGAUUCUGAUAAACUAUCAAAUAAGCCAUUUUUAUUCGCCCUCAUAAUUUAUCAUAGGUGGCUUCUCAAUACCACAAUUCACAGAAUAACACCCAAUUGGCAACUUCGAUUUGGAUUAAAUGAAAUGUCGACUUUGGAAGAAACAAUAUUCUGCUCACAAGAAAAUAUAGAUAAAACCCUUUUGUUUCUAAAUGACUGCCUUAGUUGGACUGAAAUUCCAGGAAUGCUCACUUUUGAUUGCUUUCAAUUACCAACUGAAACCAAUGACAAAUGUGAAUGUGACUGGACCAAAGUAGUGGACAUAUCCAAAGAAGAACUUUUUGCUCAAAUUAAUUAUGAUUUGGCAACAUUUUAUUUUUAUCGGGAAGACUAUGUUUUAGCCAAAGAAAAAUUUGCACAAUGCUUGAAGUACUAUAAUUCUGUAGAAAAUAUAAAUGGAUUCUUAGAUUUGGAUGAAGAAACGCUAACUGUUUAUGUGAAAGCUUGUAAUUGUUUUAUUGAGGGAUCCAAAGGAAAUUUGUUGGAACAAUUAAAUUCGUCAAUUGUGAACCAAUAUAAGGGUAUUACCACAAUUUUACAACAGGACAAUAUUUUAAAAGAGAUACCUUUAUCACGUAGAAUAAAUGUGGAAUUGGAUAUUCAAGGUGCGAUGUCUAGCGGAGUAUUCACAGUUGAGCGUGAUUUAAUGAUCAAAAUUAGAUCGUUAAAUGUUGUGAGAUGUUGGUUGGAUAGAAAACCUCUUUACCAUUAUUCAGUCAGCACCUUUAAAGAAGUGGAGGCUGUUAUUAAAACUCUUUUAACAACAUGGAGACAGUUCAGUCCAGGAGAUAAAUACUUAAUAAAGAAGUAUCUUAUGGAACUGAUAUUAAAGAAUGAAGUACCUGAGUUGUUGCCAAUGUUACAGUCAUGUGAAAUUGGCAAAAUCUUUGAUAAAGGUGAUCUCCAGUAUAUUAAGAGCACUGAAGUUCGAGUAAAAAUUCCGCAAUCUUUGAACAGUAGUCGGAUUAUCAGGUUUGAAUUCAGCAACAAACGAAAAAGGACCAAAGUAGAUUUAAGACACCAUGAACAACAAUUGAUUUCAACAUAUGAUCAUAAAGAAGUAAGGGAACUACUGGUUAAAAUUGCAAAAUUAAACUUAGGAGUUCUUGUGUGGAGAAUUAAUCCUCAGUGGGAAUUGCCAAUUCCUUUGACAAGUGUUAUUAAGUCUCUAAUGAGAGGGUUCCUACAGGACUUCGCAUUUAUUCUCUUGGCCAAGUCUAGAGAACAGAUGCUAAGUAAAAAUUGGAACUCUGCGUUGGAGUUGUUAAUCAUAUUAGAAAAGGAACUGACGUUGCAUGCUGGCAAUGAAAUUGGUUCGAAGCUCUAUAAACUCGUUAACUGGGAAAUUUUACUCAUACAGAUUAUGCAGUAUAUGGAUGAGUGGCCGCGCCAAACUAUUGAUAAAAAUGCUCUGGCGAAUGCCUGCGAGGCGUGUUUGCAGAACAACGAAUCAAUAUUGCCGAGGAUUGAGAUAAAAGAACAGUGUGUCAUAUGUUUGAUGAACUUGGGACGUUGGGAUUAUCUUGUUAAUUACGACAAACGGUGGACUACUUUCGAAAUAACAUCUGCCUUGGCUCUGGCGUGUCAAGAAAUGGUGAAGCACAAAGGCAAUAAGAAUUUUUCGAAAAAUUUAUGGGAUUUGGUUGUGCCAAUAUUUGCCAAUCAACCAUUCCAAUCUAAACGUAACAACACGACUAACAAUUUUCAUGAGUCUCAUUUGACCGCAUUAAAAGUAAACAUAAUGUCCAUAUUUAGCAAACUUAGAGACUCGGUAACAUUAACGGUUGUUAUUUCUCUUUUAACUAAACUACUAAAUAUAUUAAGGGACGAAUCUACAUUGGAACUACAAGUGGAAUAUAUUAAUCAAUGGCCUGAUGUAAUUUCAAAUGCAAAAUCAUUCAAUACCACAGCUGUGAAUGAUGUAUUAUCUGAUAUUGUUACUGGAGCUUUGGAAUUGUAUCCAUUAAACGCCUCAUGGCUAAGACUAAUGGGAGAUAUAAAUUUUGCCAACAAUCAUUAUAAUAUUUCAAUGAGCUACUACCUCAAAUGUUUGUUGAUUUGUAACGAUUACUUCAACAUUCCUGUGAGAAACGACGAUCAUGUCUUUAGAAGAAUGAUAAAAUGCUGCACUGCACUCGGAUGUCAUACCCAAGCGGCAGUUCUUUGUCAAUUUUUCGAUAAACCCGAUUACCUUUUGGCUUUUAGAAUAUUGGGUGAUCAAAAAAUUUGUAACGAUGCUGUGGAUGCGUAUUACCACUGUUUCUGGGACACGAAUAUAUUGGAAUUUCUCAUUCACAUACACCACAAAAAAGGAGAAUUCCAAAGACGGAAAUGUGCAGUUCAAGUAAUUGGACUGUUGGAGUUGAGCUCUAAUAAUAAUGAAGAAAUACAACGGGAAGCAAGUAAUUUAAGAAAAAGUAUAUUUUUAAGGGCACUUUGUAAACAGUAUGUGUUCUAAGACACUUAUCAUUUAUAUACUUUUAACAUUUACACAGUUUAUUACAGAAAACAAUCAAUUUAAAUACGCAUCGAUUUUUUUAUAUAUAUUGCUCUAUUUUUCAAUUUUAUUUACAAAAAUAUUGUGUUAUUAUAACAAUUUUAUUUAUUAAGUAUCAAUUGUAUAUGAUUUGCUAAUAUUAUAUCCUGAAUAUUCAAUAAUAUGAUAAGUUGUAAAUUUUAUGUCUUAACUGAAACGAAAUUAUGUAUAUGAGACAUAUUGCACUUUAUUGGUGCUGUUAUAUAUAUAUAUAAAAGAAAACUUAUAAUUGUUAUUUAAAUACCACUGAUUGUAUAUAACGCAUUCUUUUUAUAUAGUAUAUAGAAUUGAAUUCGAAAUUAUGAUAAUGCAAAAUUUAUUGAUAAGAUGUAUAUAAAUAUUGAUGGAUGGACUAUUAUUGAAUUAAGAUUCAUGAAAUUUAAAUAUUGUCAAUAGUAUGUAACAUAAAUAUUAUUGUUUUAUAUUUUUAGUUAAUAUACACAUUUAUUAAAGUAACAUAUUUUUGUUAGAAAAUUGUAAUUCGAGGUAUUAUGUAAAACUCGGAAAUUUUGAUCAUGUCAUUGCUCGAAGUGUUUAGUAUAAUUAUGAAUAAACAUUACUGAAAAAAAACAAAGUUUUGUGUUGUCCUGUAAAUGGCGCUCUUAGUUUUAAAAAAUUACAAAAGAAAAUAUA